AAAGUAAUAAAGGAGGUUGUCAACACCAGUGUGAACCAAAAGAUUAUACAUUUCAUUGCACAUGUCCAUGGAACAAUGUACUAUGGCUUGAUGGAUUACAUUGUGUAAAAAAAGAUUCUGAUGUGAUCUUCACUUCGAAGGGAAAAAAUGUUGCGUCUAAGGCACAAGAUAUUUGUGAAGGUGCUCAGUCAACAUUAGCUACUAUUUUUAAUAUAGAGGAAUAUAAUAAAAUGAAGAAUUUUGAAGAUCAUUUUAUAGGUGUUUUGGAUGUGGACCAUGAUCAAAGCUACAGUCGAUGGAUAGAUGGGACAGAUGUUGUAUUUGAUCAAUUUAAUAAAACUCGUCGUUAUCCUGGUUCCAUUGGCCUUAUGUCUGGAAAAAGGUGGACCUUUAAGAACUCUAGUGAUGGCUCCCAAAUUUUAUGUCGUUCUGGAAAUGACCAUUUUUAUGUGUUUUCAAGCUUCUAUGGUGUAAAGGACUUUUCUUCAUCAGAACAUCUGGUGAAAAGAUCACUAGCGUCAGUGUUUGCCUUUGGUCCUGCACGGAGUCGCCGUGGUUCUAAGGCGUAUCUAACAAGUAAAUCGGGGGAUCCUUAUGGAUUGUUCUGGACUCCAAAACAUCCUCGUGAGAUGGGCAAGUUCUUGAAGGUGGAGCUCAAGCAGAUGAUUAGGGUAUCUGGUAUCUUUCUAAACAGCUACAAGUGUAAUAUUGGAACAAUACACUUCAGGUUCAAUCAUGCUCAGUACUCUGCUCCGGCAAACAGUGAAAAACUUCAGCCUGUUAGUCAGAUCUCUAAACACAAGACGCUGGAGCUGGAGCUUGAUGACUCUGCUGAUUGUUUUGGUUAUCAGUGGGACGUAGUUGGACAGUUGACAGAGAAACGUGUAAAUGCUUGUUUUUCGAGACCAUGUGACCACAUAUGCAUCACAAAUCGCGAAGGUUACAUCUGUAUAUGUAAAGAAAAUGAACACCUGUUUAUUGAUGGAAGGUCUUGUAUCAAAGAUGUUCCACCUCAGAGUAAGAGUCCUAAGCUAUUGGCUAUGAACUACCCUGUAGUUGGAAGUGACUUAGUGCUUCAUCCGAUGCCAGCUAUAUUUUAUGAGUUUUUUCCUCGGACAAUGGAUUACAGUAAAGCAGCUGACACUUGCAGAGAGUAUGGGGGAUAUCUGGCAUCCAUUCAUUCGAUUUUUGAGCAUAGAUUGAUGUACUCGGAUCUUAUGAGCCAUCCUACCUGCACUAAAUGGUUUCUAGGUCUAAAGGGAAAGUCUCUGAUGCACAGUGCCUGGCACGAUGGCUCCUGGGUUGACUUUGCACUGUUUGAGGGAACAGUGCCUGUAUAUACGGAUGAGGAGCAAGUGGUUUUCAUGGACCAGGAUCUAUUUUACAUGUGGAAUUAUGGUUCGGUUUCCACAACAGAAGCCUGUGCUGUGUGCCAGUAUAGAUCACGGGACUGUACUCGACCCAUCCUGAGAGGAGCACAUAAGAUCCCCGGUAGUGCAUGGAGCAGAGUAAAAGUUACUGAUGACCUAAUGGCCCAGAAUCUUGCAAAGUAUCUUCCACUUGACCUUGGUGACUUGAGCUAUUUCGAGUUUGCACAACUUAAUGUGCAUUUUGAGAUUAACCUUCAGCGACAGUUUAUCGUGUAUCUGUUGAAGUGCAGUGCAGUUAAGAAGUCUGCUGAAAGAGGUUUCCAAAUAUUAUAUACUAUGCAAACUACUCACAAACUGUUUGGACUCGUAAACAAAAAUUUUUACUUUUGUGGAUCUACUCCCUAUGGCAUAGCAACACAUAUUUUUAGACACCCGAUCAGAGCCUGGAUUGUAAGGAUACGUUUUCAAGCCGUACGUACACAACCUGUAGCACACAAACUGGAACUGUAUGGCUGUCCUUCUGCACCAUGUAAUGUACUUAAUUAA